AUGGAAGGAUUCACAUGGAUGAAUGAGCCACUUAAUUUCAAAUCAUUGCCAAAUGGUGUUGAGAUAACAACAAAGAAGGAUACUGAUUUUUGGCAAAGAACUCACUAUGGUUUCAGGAGAGAUGAUGGUCAUUUCCUUUACAAGAAGAUUAAAGGCGAUUUCAUUCUUGAAGCUUCAACAGACUUUGCAGGAAGUGUCAUCUAUGAUCAAUGCGGAAUCAUGGCAUGUGUUGAUGAAAACAACUGGAUCAAAUCAAGUACUGAAUUCGAGAAUUCUGAGUUUAGUCAUCUUGGUGCUGUUGUUACAAACAAUGGCUAUUCUGAUUGGUCAACACAAGAGAUCCCUUCUACAGUUCAUUCUGUUAAAUACAUUAUGGAGAGAACAAAAGAUGCUUUCUUCAUCAAAGCUUCAAUCAAUGGUGGUAAGUUUACUCAAAUCCGUGUUGCUCAUUUCGACGCUAACCCAGAAGAGUUAAUGGUUGGUGUUUAUGCUUGUUCACCACAGAGGGAAGGUUUUACAUGCAAGAUCACAGAUGUUAAAAUUACACCAAAAUAA